AUGUCUUCUCUAAUUUUGACCGUGCUUGAGUUUAGAGUAUGGUUAUACUUUUGCUUAGGGGUAAUUGCUUUUCUUACUGGUGCUCCUGAUUAUGAAGAUGGUCAACUAGACACUAAGAGAUAUGGUGAGCAAUAUGCUAGCAAAGGGGAAGAUGUUGACCUCAUGUUGCUCCCUCAGCAGAUACCUUCCUAUAGAGAUCUGGCUUACGAUGUCUUGGGCCUGUACCACGGAUUAGUCCGCACACUCUUCAGUCCAGCCAGUGUAAGCACCAUCACUGCAUAUUUCCCUUCAGAAUUCUGA